AGCACUCGCGCAGUCUGGGCUGGGUCUGCUUGCUGCUUACAGGGAGAGGCACUCUUGUAUUCAUGGUGGUGCACUGAUAACCUGAGCACUUUUUUUCUCCUUUUGAUCCCUUUUUCCCCUUUUUCUUUGCACACAAGGACGGCUCAUGCCUGUCUUAUAGACAUGAUGAGCUCUGUGCAUUUAAGGACUUUGGGUUUUCUGGUCGUCUCCGUUGUUCAGGUUUUGAUUGUAACAUGUCAAGAUGGGAACAGUGGAGAUGACAUGAGCUGCACUGCAGACGGCCAGGUGUACACAAACCGGGACAUCUGGAAACCAGAGCCAUGUCGGAUCUGCGUCUGUGACAACGGCAAAGUCCUCUGUGACGAAAUCCAGUGCGAAGAGGUUUUCUGUGAGAAGAUGUACAUCCCGGAUGGCGAGUGCUGCCCCAUUUGUCAGAAUGACCAACCCAACGGUGGCGGCGGCGGCGGCGGCGGGGGCGGCGGCGAUGGAGUCGUUUAUAGGGGCCAGAAGGGAGAACCCGGAGAUGUACCACUUGUGACUGGGAUCAGAGGCCGACCUGGACCUAUGGGGCCGCCUGGUACCUCAGGAGAACGAGGAUCCCGGGGAAACAAAGGAAGGCCUGGACAGCGGGGGUCUCCGGGUUUCGAUGGAGAGCCUGGUGUACCAGGCCAACCUGGUGAGCCUGGACCUGCUGGUCAUCCAACGCACCAUGGGGCGCUGGGAUCCCAGAUGGCUCAAGGGGUCGAUUCAAAAACAGGACCCCAAGCCAUGCUGAGCGGCACUAGGGGAGAGGCUGGAGGGAGAGGACCUCCUGGCCCAAACGGUUCACCUGGCCAAGCAGGAACACAAGGAUCCCCUGGAGAUGUCGGUGAACCAGGACACAUGGGUCCACCUGGGCAAAGAGGACCCGAGGGCCCUCCAGGGAAACCAGGCGAAGAUGGAGAAGCUGGCAAAUCAGGAAAUUCAGGAGAAGUUGGAUUCCCCGGUUCAGCAGGGUCUAGAGGGUUUCCUGGUACUCCUGGGCCUCCUGGCCUGAAGGGUCACAGAGGUCAUGGUGGACCCAUUGGCCAAAAAGGUGAAUUUGGAGCACUUGGAUCCAAGGGUGCUACAGGCCCUCCUGGCCCGAUGGGAGGCCCUGGGCCCAUGGGUCCUGCUGGGAUGCCCGGCGAGAGAGGACGUCCUGGACCCGGCGGCAUAGCAGGGAAGCGUGGUUCACCUGGCAAUCUCGGAAAAUCUGGCCCAAUGGGACCCCUGGGCCUCAGUGGACCACCUGGGUAUCCAGGAUCCCCAGGCAUGAAGGGACAACCUGGCCCCACAGGCGUCCGGGGUCCAGAGGGCCCACAGGGGCAGAGAGGAGAGACCGGUCACCUGGGAAGAGCUGGACCAGUUGGCCUCAGGGGACCCGGGGGUACAGAUGGAGGAACAGGUGCCAAGGGACCAGUGGGUACUGUUGGCCCACAAGGUCAAGGCGGUCAUCUUGGGCCCCAUGGUCCACCAGGACCUCAGGGGAGCACGGGUCAGCCUGGUAUCAAAGGACAACUGGGAGAUGUUGGUGUCCCAGGGUUCAAAGGAGAGUUUGGACCCAAAGGAGAACCUGGUCCACCAGGCUCACAGGGAAUCAUCGGAUCUCAGGGAGAGGAAGGAAAGCGUGGAACACGUGGAGACCCCGGCUCGGUCGGCCCAAAUGGUCCUGUCGGUGAGAGAGGUUCUCCGGGAAACAGAGGAUUCCCUGGUGCUGAUGGCCUUCCAGGUCCUAAAGGUGCUCAAGGAGAUCGUGGUACUUCUGGACCAUCAGGGCCAAAGGGUUCUUUAGGAGACCCAGGGCGUCCUGGAGAGCCUGGUCUCCCAGGUGCAAGGGGUCUAACUGGAACCCCAGGUGUCCAGGGAGCAGAAGGCAAGCCAGGACCGCUGGGUGCCCCGGGUGAGGAUGGUCGCCCAGGAGCAGCGGGGUCUAUUGGAAACAGAGGUCCUGCAGGAACCAUGGGAGGUCCAGGCCCCAAAGGCUUCAGUGGUGACCCAGGAAAGACAGGCGAACUGGGAUCACCAGGAGUGCCAGGCCAAAGAGGUCCCCCAGGAAAAGAUGGAGAAGUUGGUCCUGCAGGCCCCCCUGGCCCUUCUGGCGUUGCAGGAGACAGAGGAGAGCAAGGACCACCAGGCCUAAAUGGAUUCCAGGGUCUACCUGGAAAUCAAGGACCUCCUGGAGAAUCUGGUAAACCAGGUGAUCUGGGCAUUCCUGGAGAACUUGGUCCUGUGGGUCAAAUUGGACCAAGGGGGGAGCGUGGAAUUCCUGGAGAGAGAGGAGAACUAGGCUCCACUGGUCUGCAGGGACCUAAAGGAAUUCCUGGUGCACCCGGUCCAGAUGGACCAAAGGGUAGCCCUGGCCCCACCGGUGCCCUGGGUGAUAUUGGUCCUCCCGGUCUUCAAGGAAUGCCAGGAGAGAGAGGUAUCUCUGGUUCUCCUGGUCCUAAAGGUGACAGAGGAGCAAUUGGUGAAAAGGGAUCAGAAGGUACAGCCGGAAAUGAUGGCGCAAGAGGAGCUCCCGGUCCUGUUGGCCCACUAGGACCUGCUGGACCAAGUGGUGAGAAGGGGGAACCUGGACCCAGAGGACCAUCUGGACCUCCAGGAUCUAGAGGAACACCCGGAGCAAGAGGUGACCCUGGCCCAAUUGGUGCUGUUGGAUUUUCUGGACCACCUGGUCCUGAUGGCCAACCAGGAGUCAAGGGAGAGCCUGGAGAGCAAGGCCAGAAAGGGGAUGCUGGGUCUCCAGGACCACAGGGCUUAGCGGGAGCUCAUGGACCUCCUGGGCCAACUGGUGUUGCUGGACUGAAAGGAGGAAGAGGGACGCAGGGUGCACCAGGCCCCACCGGUUUCCCUGGAUCUCCAGGAAGAGUUGGACCACCGGGCCCAACCGGUCCCGUUGGAGAGGCUGGGCCUUUGGGACUUCCAGGAAAAGAAGGUCCUCGUGGACUCCGUGGAGAUCACGGGCCUCCUGGAAGGCAAGGAGAGCGUGGCCCUGCAGGACCACUAGGGAGUCCCGGAGACAAAGGGGACUCUGGAGAGGACGGCCCCACGGGUCCUGACGGUCCUCCGGGUCCAUCUGGAACUACGGGACAAAGAGGCAUUGUUGGUCUUCCUGGUCAGAGAGGAGAGCGCGGCAUGCCGGGCCUUCCAGGACCAGCGGGUCCACCAGGAAAACAGGGAUCUACAGGAUCAUCUGGAGAUAAAGGCCCUCCAGGUCCAGUUGGUGUUCCCGGUGCUAAUGGGCCUCGUGGUGAUCCUGGUCCUAAUGGUCCUGCAGGAUCUGAUGGGCCCCCGGGAAAGGAUGGUGUUCUCGGACAAAGGGGAGCCCGAGGAGAUCAUGGUCCUGAGGGACUGGUUGGUCCUCAGGGACUUCCUGGCACUCCCGGUCCGGUUGGUGCAACAGGUGACGCAGGAAAGAGAGGAGAGCCUGGCUCCAGAGGACCUCAAGGUCCACCUGGAUCUGCUGGAAAGAGAGGAUUAGUGGGACCCCAAGGACCAAGAGGAGAUAAGGGUGACCUGGGCGACCAUGGAGAGAGAGGCCAGAAGGGACACAGAGGUUUCACUGGUCUCCAGGGUCUUCCAGGACCUCCAGGUACAACUGGUGAACAAGGAGCUCCUGGAAUUAUUGGACCAAGCGGCCCAAGGGGGCCUCCUGGACCUGUUGGGCCUCAUGGAAAAGAAGGAUACCUGGGCCAGCCCGGACCGAUGGGACCUCCAGGAACUCGUGGACUCAGUGGAGAAAUCGGACCAGAGGGUCCCAAUGGUGAACCUGGACCUCCUGGCCCCCCGGGCCCCCCAGGGCCUCCCACUGCGGCUAUGGAUGACCUCUUCGGCGGCCCACAGGAUUAUGACUCCGACUUCCCUCCUCCACCCGAGUUCAGCGAGGACGAGGCUAUGCCCAACAGCAACUCCAGCGCCAUCGUUCCCAUCGACCCCAGCGUCCAGGCCACCCUGAAGGCCCUCAGCAGUCAGAUCGACAGCAUGAAGAGCCCAGACGGCAGCAAGAAACACCCCGCCAGGACCUGCGACGACCUGAAGAGAUGCUACCCCAUGAAGAAGAGCGGUGAAUACUGGGUGGAUCCCAACCAAGGCAGUGCAGAGGAUGCUAUCAAAGUGAACUGCAACCUGGACACUGGAGAGACCUGCAUCUCUGCCAACCCAUCAACCAUACCUCGUAAAGUGUGGUGGAGCUCCUCCAGGAACAAGCCUGUGUGGUUCGGAGCUGACAUCAACAGGGGGACACAAUUCACUUAUGGCAACAAAGAUCAGCAGAUUAACGCUGCCACAGUGCAGAUGACGUUCAUCCGCCUGCUCUCCAAAGAGGCCUCCCAGACCAUCACCUACCACUGCAAGAACUCCGUGGCCUACAAAGAUGCCAAGGCGGGCAACAUGAAGAAAGCUGUGAUACUGAAGGGCUCCAACGACCUGGAGCUCAAAGCAGAGGGAAACAAUCGCUUCAGAUACACAGUGUUGGAGGAUUCCUGCUCACAAGCGAACAGCAACUGGGGCAAGACAGUGUUUGAGUACAGGACACAGAAAACUGCAAGACUUCCCAUAGUGGAUAUUGCCCCCGUGGACAUUGGUGGCCCCAAUCAAGAGUUCGGCAUUGAAAUCGGGCCCGUGUGUUUCUUGUAAAGCCGUCAGCGGGGGAGAGGUGGAGGAGAUUCCCGAGACUGUUGAACUGACAGCUGACACGAUCAGCCACGUUGUACAUACGAGUACUGAGGACUAUUCUGGCCCUGUGGCGACAUAUUUAUUGUGCCUUUCAUCCCAGUUCAAGACAUCAGAGAUUUGGGAGUUAGUAUGAAUGUUUGGAAUUUACAGAAAACAGUAGGUACAAAUCUGAGUCAUUCCUUUUGUCUUUGUGUAUGUUUAACUUUAAGCUUCACACGUUGGAAGGUCCUAAGAUCUCUGGUUUCAUUUCACAAAUAACUGCCAAAGAUUAUAAAAGCUUUAAAAUGUUAUUCAUAACUGCUGUUUGGAAGUCCAGAACAGUUCCAUUGAAGCCAUGUCAAAUGUCCCGCCACUACUAAUUUGUUUUCACAGAUUUGCCUGUAAAUUUGUGUGACUACGACACAUUAUGGUGCUAUUGAGGAAAUCCCAGUCGCCGAUGAGUUUGACCGAUACAGCGCUGACGAUCUACAUCUGUUAUCACACAGAAGAUUAGCCGCAUUGGGUCUGUCGAACACUCAGAGUUACCUACCUCGUCACCAAAAACUGAGAAAACGACAACACUACAUGUAAAUCUUGAUUUGUUCCCUGGUGCUGUUUUGUAAGUAGUGGGAUCCUUGUGCACUUCUUCCAGUCGUGUGGUACAGGGCAGGGUUUGGGCAUGCUAAUAAAGGUCUUGUCAAAAGAUGGAGGGAUGAAUGAGGUGGUGUGUGCUGAUUGGUGACAUUUCUUUUUUCACUGUUAAUAUGGCACAGUAACAGGUAGCGCAAAAUAUCCUUUUUUUUAUGCAUGUCAGUUCCCCCACCUUGCAGUAUCCUGGAUUUAUAUGCUCUUGAAAUCCUUUUUUUAUAAUCAGUUUCGUAGAAGAAGAUAGCUAUGAGUGGGCUAUUUGCUUUGUAUUUUUUUUUUUAAUUCUUUUUGCUAUGCAACAAAUUAAAGUAAAUGCUUCUUAAUCCCC